AUGGUGCCUAGCAAUAGAAACUGUAUUUCUCUCAUUCUAAUUAUCUCCAUUGAAACUCUUACACUCUCAUCGUUUUCCGUUGCCCAAGACAAGCCAGAGGACUUUCUCGCGGCCCACAACAAGGUCAGAGCCGCAGACGGUGUUGGCCCUUUAAAAUGGAGCCCUACAUUGGCACUUUACGCAAGCUCAUAUGCUAAUGAACUUGCAGCAGGGGGAUGCAACAACAUCCAUCAUUCCGACGGGCCUUUUGGGGAGAAUUUGGCCUAUAGCGAAGGUGAUCUUUCUGGGGUCAAGGCGGUGGAGCUAUGGGCUGACGAGAAGGCAAAUUACGACUACAAAUCCAAUACUUGUGCUGCCGGAAAAAUUUGUGGCCAUUACACUCAGGUGGUGUGGAAAGACACGCUUGAGGUCGGGUGCGCGAAGGUAAAGUGCCCCGGUGGUGGUACUUUGAUUAGUUGCAAUUAUGAUCCUACAGGAAAUUACGAAGGCGAGAGGCCCUUUUAA